AUGCAAGAUCUCCACUUGGAGGGCUUGCAACAUGGUGUCGAUAGCAUUCACAAUUUGUGCAUUGAAGGAUUUAAGGAAUUGAAGCAUCUUCGUGUACAAAAUAGCCCCUCUUUCCAGAAUGUUGUUUGCUCCAUAGAGAAUGUUGAGUGCGCUACGUUUAUUGCAUUGGAAUCUUUGUUUCUUGAGAAUCUAAACAACUUAAAAGAGAUUUGUCGUGGCUAUCUUGCCCUAGAAUCCUUCAGCAAAUUAAAGAUUUUGAAAGUGGAUAAUUGUGGUGAAAUCAAGCAUUUGUUUCCUUCGUCUAUGAAGAGAAUAAUAUCGCAGCUUGAAGAGAUUGAAAUAAGCAGUUGCCACUUAAUGCAACAAAUUGUUGCAGAUGCUGAGGUAGAUGAAGACGGAGAUGAAAUAUCUGAUGAUACCAAAGUGAAGUCAUGCAAUUUGCGUAGGCUAACAUUACGAAACUUGCCAAAGAUGAUGAGCUUCUAUAGAACCGGGGAUGAUUCGGUCGAUUUCUUCGAUGGGCUACAGAUUCUUUUUCCGAGCUUGGAGAAGUUGACCGUCGUGUCAUGUGGGUUGACGAAGAUAUGGCACAAUGAACAUUCUAAAGAAUCAUUCUGCAAACUAGCAUCCAUCAUAAUCCAAGACUGUGAAAAAUUGUCUCAUAUUUUUCCAUCAAAUAUGAUAGAGGUGUUCCAGAGCCUGAAAAUGAUUGAGGUGGUCAAUUGUCCUUCUUUGGAAUCAUUGAUGGAACAUGUUGCUGUCGAUACUAAGAAAAGGCCAAAACGUCUGGUCUUCUUAAACUUAAACGAAGUGAAGUUGUGGGACCUACCGAGGCUGGAUGCGUUAAUAACAAGUAGCUCCCAAGCAACGUUGAGUCUUCCUAAUCUGACUACCGUUAGCUUGUGCAACUGCCAUAGUCUGAAAUAUCUCUUCACAUAUGAUACAUCUGGGACUCUUGAUAAACUUGAGAUGCUAGAUGUUUCUGAUUGCAAUAAGAUGCGGGAAGUAGUUGCCAUGGAAGAAAGUGAAGAGCGAAAGUUGAAGGCAAUGAAGUUCUCUCGUUUACAAACAUUGAAGCUUUGUUCCCUUAAGAGCUUGAUUAGUUUCAGCUCAGGAAAUUGUGCUUAUGAGUUUCCCUCUCUCAAGAAUCUCUCAAUUUUGGAGUGCACUGAACUCAAGGCAUUCAUACUAAGGCGACCAGCGCCAAGUGUGGAGACAGUGAAUGAGGAAUCUGCCAGUUUUGAUGAAAGUCCACAUUCUUUUUUUGACGAGAAGGUUGUAUUUCCCAACUUAGAAGAGCUACAUCUAACAGCAAUUCAAUCAAGAGUACUUUGGGAGAAUGAGAUGCCCAAUGAGUCCAUUUGCGAACUAAAGGUCCUUGAGGUGAAGCAGUGUCCCAACCUAUUGAAUGUCAUUCCUUCAUUCACGUGGAAGAAAUUGCUUCAAAGUAUGAAGUCCUUGAUAGUUGAAGAGUGCCCACGUGUGAGAAACCUUUUUACAAUGUCUAUGGCAAAAAGUCUGGUACAACUCGAGUAUCUUGGUCUAGGUGGUUGUGGAGAGAUGGAGUACAUUGUUGCCAGAGAAGAGGAGAAGCCUGAAGAAGCUCCUGACAUAAUUGUAAUUCCUCAACUUGUCACUCUGUAUCUUCACAAAAUGAUAAAACUCAGAAGUUUCUGCCAUGGGAAGCAUAUUUCAGAGUGGCCCUCCUUGAAAGAGUUUACCGUUGAAGAUUGUAAAGCUGUGGAGGUAAUUCUAGGUGAUGCUGGUUGUAGAAGACUACAGGGUAGCAUUCCAACGCAGCAACCGCUUUUGUUGGUCGAAAAGGUUUGUGCGCAUUCUUCUCUAAUAGGAUAUCUUGUUUCUUGUCCCUGA